AUGGAGCUAGUCUUCCUUCGCCACGCAACGCGGGCAGACCAUGCCUCCUUAAAUAAUCCUCCCCUUUACCAUGACUACAAACCCUACGAUCCCUCGGUUUCGGUAUCUGCUGUGGGUGAAGCCUCAAGGGUGGCUCGUGACAUAGCACAAGUGUGUCAGUUUCUGAAACCAAAACGCAACGUGUAUGUGCAUUUCCUGCCUUACUUGCGGUGCUGCCAGACGGCGGAUUUGGUGGUGCUGGCGCUUCAAAAAGAGGUGCCUGAAACACGCCUCAAGUUCAACAUGCUCUGUGAUUUUGCCCUACUGGAAUGGCUCCACGACAGAAUGAAGAACACCCCUCCUUACACGGAGCUGAGCGAAGCGUACGACAUGUACACGCCCAACGUGAAGAUCUUGGAGAACAGGCGGUGUGUGCUGAACUUCCGUCCCACCACAACGCUAGGGCCCUGGAAUGAGCCUGGUCUCAGUUAUAGGGACUACGCUGACCGCUGCAAAACGUACUUCAAGAAGCUCAUGGCCACCUACGACAAACCCGUGCAUGUGAACAACGAAGACUUGGUCAUUGUCGUUGGCCACGGCUACCUGAUCAACCACUUCAUGUCUUACUUCAUCAACCACCCGAUCUUCGAGGAGAUCCCGGAAUCCACAAUCAACUACGCCAGGAGGGAGAACGACGUCUGGACCCUCAAGCGUGACUGCUUACAGCUCUUGCAUUACGAGGACAUCGACUCCACGCUAAACCUCGAAAAUGACAUCGUCGUCUACAAGCUGAAUUUCAUCAAGAAGAACGAGCUAGACGAAAACAAGCAGUACCCCGCCAUUGGCUUUGGCGGCUUGAAAUUGCCCAACCAGGAGCUGCUGGCGCCUCGGCCCUCGUUCAGGGUUGAAAACUCCGCCAAUAACGUGCAAAGACCCAACUUGGCCAAAAACCUCUUGUGUCCCACGGCACGCAACUGGAACGCCCUGGAUUCGAACAAAUUCCAGGUCAAAUCCGAGUUCAAGCUCAAGGUGAUGAACGACGAGGCGUUCAAGAAGGCUUUUGACCUCUCCAACCCACCCACGCAUCCCAUUUCGCCCGAAGUUUCGCCAAACUCGGAGCCCACACGUACAAAUUCUGUCAUUGAUCUCGUCAAGCUUAAUUCCAACGACGAGAUCCAGCGCCCUUUCAAGCUCCGGUACUCGCUGGCGUCCGAUAUCCCCGUGCAUUUCUUGAACUCCAAAGUCAACUCCCACGUCAACCUUGCUCUGUUGCAGCGCAAUGCAUAUUCACACAACAACUCGCUGUCAGAACAGGGGAUGGGGCCCCUGGUACUCUCUGGUGGCUCCUUGUCACCUAGAGAUUUUUCUGAUCUCGAUGGUGACGGAAGCCAGCAUUCCAGUAAUAUGGGCGAAGUCAUCAGCAGACUUCUGCGGAUCAGAUCGUUGCAGAGAAAGAGGGCCCAGACGCCCAGUUUCGGCAAGAUCAAGGAGAACUCCUCAGACGAGCUGUCGGAUUCGGAAGUCCACAAAUUCUCGCUCUCGUUCAACCAGGAGAAACGGGACGUCACGCCAAAACGGGUUCUUCUGGGCUCCCCUGUGGUCCCCAACCGUGCCAGGGGCAACUCCGUCAAGCUCAUUCCGUCCGUGCUUAACCAGAAGUUCGAGCGUGAAAACGGCGAAAACAGCACAGAUAACAGCAUCAACAGCAGCGCUAACGGAAGUGCCAAUGGCAGUAUUUCGGGCAUCAGAGCCCAUAAGGGUUUGAAUGGGACGGCCAGAACCACCAGCAACGGCAACACAAACCCUACCAAACCAUCUGGUCUUCAACGCCCCAUUGGCCUCAAAAAGACGCCCUCCAUGUUCUACAACUUGGACCUGGACUCUGCCGAUGGUUCAUCAGAAGGAGAAGAUGAUGACGACCUGGCGCUGCCGCCGAAGGAAAACCAGUACACUUGGUUUGGCCAGAACGCCCGGGGUUACGUCUGA